GGACCAUGCCGUUGAAUAAGUCAAAGAACUACAUAAGCACGAUUGAAACAAAAUAUGAGCGUAAAUGAAAAGAAUCAGAUGAACGAACAGGUAUCCAAUGUAAUCACAAGCUUUUUAAAGCAGCGAAAGUACACGGAGAGUGAAAGUUCUAUGAAGGACUUCUCAGUGGAACACAAAAUGGAGGACAUGGCUUGCAAGAGGACGGUUUGUAACGAGAGUGGCAUUCCUAAUGUAUUCUCAUUUGCAAUCAACAGUUCAGAUCCAGCUAUGGUGAAUGAACAAUUCUCCAGUCUGAAAUCGUUCAUAACGGGUACAAACCCGGCUUACAGAGUGGAACUUUCCAAAUUUUUGUUCCCGAUGUUUGCCAACAUCUAUUUGGAUCUUGUUGCGAAGGGACAAUCGAUUCCUGCUCAAGAACUUUUCACAAAGCACAGUGGCGAUUUUCCGAUCGAGCACAAAGAAGAAAUCCAACAUUUACAAGCGAUAACGGACUUAGAACGUUUAAAAUCUAGCGAUACAGCGUCCAAUUUUAGACGGAGUAAAUACGUCGUCAAACUAAGUAACAAAGUAUUUACUUAUUUCGUCCAAUUUCUAAGAAGUGGCGAUCACGUGCUAUUACUUCAUCUGUUGAACAAACACUUUAGCAUUGAGAUAUCGCAUAGUAAACCAGGACAGAAGCAAACCAGCGAUGAAAUGGAAACGGAUGAAACAGAGGCACCAGUGUCAAGUUACAGAGCCACAAGAGGUGGUAAACAAGCGAAAUCUAGCUCAGAAAAAGAAAACGAGAGCCUGGUAGCUUUAAAAGAAAGCAUCGGCCAUAUCAGAAAUGGACCUGCUUGUCUACCCCCAGUUUGUUUCCACUCUUUUGUGAAUGCUUACCAAGGAUUAAGCUCUGCCGCUAUUUCUAAAGAUGCUGGUCUUAUUUGUGGUGGCUUUGAAGAUUCCUCAAUUCUUCUGUGGAGUUUGACACCAAAGAAACUUGUGCGAUCAAAGAGUAAACCAGAAAUUUCUAAAGUACAACUAGCACCAGAUUUUCUUCCAUGCACACCAAAACUGGAAACUGUGUCCUGUGAGAGUGUUUCUCUACAUGGUCACAGUGGCCCGGUGUAUGCCACGCAGUUCUCACCAGACAGUUCUGUAUUAUUGUCAGCAUCAGAGGAUACAACUGUUCGGUUAUGGAGCCUUCACUCCUACACAAACGUGGUUGCGUACAAAGGACACAAUUUUCCCGUGUGGGACCUGGACAUCAGCCCACAGUGCCUCUACUUUGCAACUGGCUCCCAGGACCGCACAGCCAGGCUGUGGAAUCUAGAGUACACAUUUCCUUUGAGAAUAUUUGCUGGACAUCUUCAGGAUGUGGAUUGUGUCAAAUUUCAUCAAAACUGUACGUAUCUCGCUACCGCCUCAUCGGACCGCACUUGUCGCUUAUGGGACCUACAGUCUGGAAACUGUGUCAGACUUUUCACAGGACACAAGAGUUCAGUUUAUGCUUUGACGAUUUCUCCGGACGGUCAAUACCUAGUCUCCGCUGGGGAAGACCGGCGCAUUCGUCUGUGGGACUUAACCGCAGGCAGUAUGAUUAAAGAACUACGCGGGCACACCGAUACUGUGUACAGCCUCGCUUUCAGUGCAGACGGUACACUACUAUCGUCAGGAGGACUGGAUAACAGUGUUAAAGUGUGGGACUUUGGCCAGGCGGUGAAGACUUCAAGUAAUGGCAGUUCAAGUGUCUCUGUUUCACCAGAACUCAUGGCUUCCUUUCCGACUAAGAACUGUUCAGUUCACUGCGUACAAUUUAGCAGUUGUAACUUAAUUCUGGCGGCCGGUACGCAGUCUCCCUGACGGAGGGGCAGAAAAAUAGGACAGGAAACAAGCUUGAACACGCACAGAUUAUUUGCAGUCAAACUAAUUUUAUUGACAUAAUUCAUAUUUUGGAUUUACUUUUCAAUCCUAGUUAAUUUUCUGUACAAAAUCGAUUUGGAUUAUAUACAUACAACAAUAUAGAAACUUACACAGACAAAAAUAAUUGAGAUUGAUUCUAGCUAACAGAGUUUGUUUAUGAAUUAAUUGCACAUCCAAGUUUUUUCUUACAAAUAGCUUUACAAACCAGAUAAUAUGCAUACAAAUCUUAAAAAAUUAAACAUAAUU